UAUAGAAUGGGGUGGGUUUCCCCAAAGUAUCAAAGUCUGUUUUGGGUUUUUUAGCCGGGGAAGUGCAAAAACAGGGAUUCUAAUCUACUUGGUUCCGGCAAACGCUAAUCGACUGCUCCGCCAUGGGGAGUGAACGGAGCCGCCACAGCCGCCGCCGGUCGCGUGACUCCGAAAGUUCAGACGACAGUGAAUACGAGAGAGAGCGUGACCGAAAGAAAAAGAAGAAGAAGAUCACUGAAGAUGAUAUCGCCGAGUACUUGGCCAAGAAGGCUCAGAAAAAGGCUAUGAAAGUUGCUAAGAAGUUGAAAUCACAGUCUGUUUCUGGUUAUGCUAACGAGUCUAAUCCCUUUGGCGAUUCCAAUCUCAAUGAGAAAUUUGUUUGGCGAAAGAAGAUUGAGCGUGAUGUUACUCAAGGUGUGCCACUGGAAAUGUUUUCAGUAAAAGAAGAAAAGAGGAAGCAGAGAGAAAGAAUGGCAGAGAUUGAAAAAGUGAAGAAGAGAAGAGAAGAAAGGGCCCUUGAGAAAGCGCAACAUGAGGAAGAAAUGGCUUUACUGGCCAGAGAGCGUGCUCGGGCUGAGUUCCAAGACUGGGAAAAGAAAGAAGAAGAGUUUCAUUUUGAUCAAAGCAAAGCCAGGUCGGAGAUUAGGCUGCGUGAAGGCCGUAUCAAGCCUAUUGAUAUUCUGUCCAAGCAUCUUGAUCCUUCAGAUGAUUUUGAUAUAGAAAUAGAUGAACCAUACUUAGUUUUCCAGGGUUUGACGGUAAAAGAUAUGGAAGAACUUCAUGAGGAUAUUAAAAUGCACUUGGACUUGGACAGGGCAACACCAACUCAUAUACAAUAUUGGGAGGCACUUCUAGUGGUUUGUGAUUGGGAACUAGCUGAGGCUCGGAAGAAAGACGCUUUGGAUCGAGCUAGAGUGCGUGGGGAGCAACCACCUGCGGAGUUACUUGCUGAAGAAAGGGGUUUGCACUCAAGUAUUGAAGCAGAUGUAAAGAACCUUCUACAAGGAAAAACCUAUAGUGAACUUGAAGUAUUACAGGCUGAAAUCGAGUCCCAGAUGCGUUCUGGCACAGCCAAGGUGGUGGAGUAUUGGGAAGCAAUUCUUAAACGCCUCCACAUAUAUAAAGCCAAGGCCUGUCUCAAAGAAAUUCAUGCCAAGAUGUUACGCAAGCAUUUGGAGCAUCUUGAACAACCUUCAGGGAGCGAAGAAAAUGUGGAGAGAGAAGAUGACACGGGAAGGGAUCACAGAAGCUUAACUCCACAAGAGGUGGAUACUGUUCAUGAUGGAAAGGAUGACCAACCUCUAUCUCCUGAGCCAAUAACAUAUGAGGAGAUUGAGGAGGCAGAAGAGGCAGGUUCGUAUUCUCCAGAGCUAUUGCAUGGUGAAGAGGCUGAAGAAGCCAUUGACCCUGAGGAGGACAAGGCUAUGCUGGAAAGGAAACGUGUGGCUGUAUUGGAAGAACAGCAGAGAAGGGUACAAGAAGCAUUGGCCUCGAGACCAGUUCAGUCCACUGAGGAUAACUUCGAGUUGAAGGCGAUGAAGGCUAUGGGAGAAAUGGAGGAGGGCGAUGCAGUUUUUGGAAACAAUGAUGAAGUAAAUCUCGAUUCACAGGUGUACUGGUGGCAUGACAAAUAUCGUCCCAGAAAACCAAAGUAUUUCAACCGUGUCCACACUGGAUAUGAGUGGAAUAAAUACAAUCAAACUCAUUAUGACCACGACAAUCCGCCCCCAAAGAUUGUGCAGGGAUAUAAAUUUAACAUCUUUUAUCCUGAUCUUGUUGACAAAACAAAAGCUCCUAUCUACACUAUAGAGAAGGAUGGAGAUAGUGCAGAGACCUGCAUUAUUAGAUUUCAUGCUGGACCUCCAUAUGAAGAUAUUGCUUUCCGGAUGGUAAACAAGGAAUGGGAAUACUCUCACAAAAAGGGUUUCAAGUGCACGUUUGAAAGAGGAAUUCUACACGUAUAUAUCAACUUCAAACGCCACCGUUACCGCCGGUGAUGCUUGUAUGAGCGGAAUACAACUUCAUAUGAUAUCAUUGGAAAGGUUGCUGGGGUGUUGAUUAUGUAAAACUCGAAACGAUUGUUAUUAAUGGGAGAGGGGGUGAACAUUGGUGUCUCUGCUUCUAUCUGAAAGUCGAAUGCAUUUUGAGUUUUGCCGGGACUGGCCUUAUCAACAGUUGCUGAGAUGAUAUGAUAUCAGUAAACUGUUUUGUGUUAUCGAAUGUGUUGAAUUUUAAUCAUACAGUUAUCAAAAUUAACAUUAGGAACUGUAUUCUUAUUUUACGUCUUUUUAUAUACAAAUAUUUUAUCUUUUUAUAUACAAAUAUUUUAUGGCA